AUGUCCCCUUUAAAAGUUGCUGUUUUUGGUGCUACCGGUAGAAUCGGUGGCAGAGUGAUGAACUUAUUGAUCAAAUCAGAUGCGUUUGCUCCACCUAUGGCUGUUGUCAGAAAGAAGGAACAAGUCGAACUCUUCAAGGAUGGUGCAACUGCUGCAGUGACUUCAAUUGUAGAGGCCACUGUUGCUGAGAUUGCCAAUACUAUCAAAGGCUACGAUGCUGUUGUUUUUGCUGCUGCUAAUUUCCGUGCUGGCGGUGAAAGUAGCGCUCUUUUGGUAGAUUUAGAUGGUUGCAAUAAAGUGGUUGACGCUUGUAAACUUGCAAAUGUUAAGAGAUUUGUUUUAAUUUCUGCAGUAAAAGCACAAGAUAGAGAUUUCUGGGAUGUGGUUCCAGGUUUCAAACCAUAUUACAUCAUUAAAAAUGCAGCCGACCAAUACGUAUUUCACUCAGACUUGGAUUACACAGUUAUUCAACCAGGUUGGUUCAACGAAAAUAAAGGAACUGGAAAGAUGUUGAAGAAACAAGAUUUAUCAAAAACUGAAAGUGAACAAUGGCCAAUAACAAUGGAUGAUGUUGCUCUCUCAGUUACUGAAUCGCUUCAACACCCCGAGUCUACAACUAGAAAAGUCAUUACUUUGAGUAACGGCGAUACCCCAAUGGCCGAAGCUUUCAAGACAUUUUAA